AUGGAUGACAACGAUCAAGAUCAACAAGAACAACAACUUGAACAACAAAGACUAGAACAACAACAACUCGAACAGCAACAACAACUUGAACAGCAACAACAAUUAGAACAACAUAUUCAAAAUGAAUCUAAUAACAACAACAACAACAACAACAACAACACAAUGCAGAGUGAUAAUAGUGUUAUUGAACAGAAUGUUGAUGUUAAAAUGACAAAUUUACCAACAGAUUCUUCAGAUUCAUCUACAAAUAUUAUAAAUACUGAUCAACCUCCAACAACAGCAGCAAUAACAACAACAACAAAACAAAAUGAUAUAUAUAAUCCUGAGCAAGCUAGUCUAGAAGGUAAUAAUAAUAACAAUAAUAAUAAUAGUAGUAAUAAUAAUAGUCCACAAUUAAAUGCAAUUAAUAAGAGUUCACCGGUUUCAACAACGUUAUCACCAAGUUUAAAUGCAGUUUCAUCUCCUACAUCUACAUCUCAUACACAAACAACACCAACAACAUCCACAGGAAAUGCUAGUACGUCAAUGUUGUCACCUUCAACACCAACUUCGACAACAACAACAACAACAACAACAAUAUCAUCUGUUAUGCCAGCGAUUGGUAAAAGAUUGAAUGUUCAAAUCGAUAAUCUUGAAGCACGUAUCACCAAUGACAAGUACGACACCGAAGCAUGGACACUACUCCUCAAUGAAGUACAAUCUCAGCCAAUAACAAUAGCACGUGAUAUCUAUGAGAGAUUCCUAGCUGUAUUCCCAACUGCUAUCAAAGGAGAUAGCAAUAAGGAGGAGGUUAUCAAAGCGUUUGAACUGGCGAUCGAGUAUAUCGGCCUGGAUAUUUCAUCGACACCGAUCUGGCUAGAGUACUUGGCGUUUCUGAAAGAGGAGAAGACAGCGACAUCCGCCGAGGAAGGCUCGAAAAAGAAUGCGAUUCGCAAGCUCUAUCAGCGCGCCAUCGAGAAUCCGAUGCACGACCUCGACCAACUCUGGAAGGAUUUCGCCGACUUUUUGGAGAUCAACAAAAAGGUUGCUCAGGCGAAAGAGGUCUACGAACGACUGGUGACACCGUCGACACUAGCGGAACUCUCACACAAUCCAUUGGUGUGGAUUCAGUAUAUGCGAUUCGCACGACGUACCGAGAGAAUCGAAGGUCCACGUAAAAUAUUCAAACGCGCUAAAUCACAUCCGGAAUGUACCUAUCAUGUAUAUAUUGCCUUGGGAUUCAUCGAGUACUACGUCAAUCAAGACACCAAAACAGCAAGAGAGAUCUUUGAAUUGGGUCUAAAGAAAUUCAGUCAUGAAAUUCCCUAUGUACAUUUCUAUGUUGAUUUCCUAACGAAUUUAAAUGAAGAUAAUAAUACAAGAGUAUUAUUUGAAAAGAUAUUAUCUAUUAUUCCAUCAGAUAAAUCAGAGAUAUUCUGGAGAAAAUAUUUGGAUUUUGAAUAUCGGCAGAAUCAAGAUAUUAAUACUAUAGUGAAAUUGGAAAAGAGAUUCCAACAGCUCUCACCAAGCAACGAAAAGAUGAGUAUCAUGCAGGUUUUGAAUCGUUACAAGUUUUUGAAUCUCUGGCCUUGUCAUCCGAAUGAAAUCGAAAUUAUCAAUAAGAAUCUAAUCGAAGAAGAUCAAGACAUUGCUAUCGAGGAGCAAUCGGCUGAAAAUCAACAACAACAACAUCAUCAUCAUCAUCAUGGUAAAAAGAAAGAUAAACACGAUAGAGGAAAAGGUGGAGCAAGUGGAAGUGGUGGUGGUGGUGAUGGUGGAUCGAAUGACUCGUCAACGAAAGACGGUAAAAGCUAUUACAAUGAUAAACCAUCGACUUCAACAAAGAUCCCGGUUUCCACAUGGAAAACAACACGUCCCGAUACAACAAUGAUGAUUACCUAUCGUUUGAAUGAAAUGGGAAAGAUUUCUACACCUAGCGGUGGAGGUUUGGGUAAUGGAACUGGAAACGAUUCAUCAAAUUCUGCUGGUGGUUCUGGUGGAGUUGGCGGAGGCAACCAACCAAAUAUGAUGAGAAACGAUCCACGUAAUAAUAAUAAUGGUGCCAAUAACAACAAUCAGUGGUCAAACAACGAUAACAAUUUGAUACCCGACUUUAUUAAACCACUACUUCGUAUAUUGCCAGCACCCAAUUCAUUUAGAGGUCCUUGGAUCGAUGUAGAUCAACUGAUGAUGCUUAUCAACGAUACACCCAUUCCAAAUAACUCGCCUAUUACUAUGGGACUGGGAGGUGGAAUCGGUGGUGGUGUUGGUGGAAUAGGAGGAAUGAGUGGAUUGGAUUCACCGCCCAACGUAAUGAUGAAACCAAGUGGUGGCAAUACCGGUGGUGGAAAUGUAAUUAAUAAGAAUAUCAACAAAUCAAUGAACCAACCUCACAAAAGAAAAAUGGAAAGCAACAACAACAACAAUAACAACCCUGACAACAACUCCAAUGACAACGACGAUUCUCAGCACCAACCAACUACCCAAACUCACCAACCUCACCAACCAGCCAUAGUUAACAAACCACCAGAACACGAUAUUUAUAGAAAGCGACAAGCAUCAAAACUAUCAAAGAGAUCCUAA